AUGGCGCUGCAGCCCCCUCGCCUUUCUUUUCUUCUUCUUACCACCGUUCUCUUCUCCGUGACCACGGCGCUCCUCAGGGAUGUCGAAGCCACGGCCAAGAACUCCAACUCGCCGGCGAGGUGGACGUUCUUCGCUGAUCGUCGGCGGAUUGCGAGGAAUGCGCCCGGCAAUGAUGACAGCACGAACAGCAGCGGCAGUGCUGCUGAUUUGUCCGGCCAAAGUCACGACGACAUCGCGGACGACCUGAGAGAAAGCACUUUCAACCAAUCCUUUAAAGAUGAUGAUGGCAGUCAAAUGACUCUGGCUUGGGUUGGAAACAAGUCUGGGGUUGUGUUGGCAUUAACAGCAAGAGACUUCAAUGUGCCAUUCUUGCAGCUGUUGUUUGAUCGAAGCAAACUCUACAUAAGUACGGAUUAUGGCAAAACUUACAAGGACAUCACGGGAGAGAUAGGAAAUGGCAUGAUCAGAAAUGAUCACUCCAUCAUCUCUCAUCCACUGAAUCCACAACGGGUUGUGCUGCUGACGGAAAAGUUGGGGCACGUCAUCCUCUACUUCCUGGUGACCUCCAACGACGGAGGUUUGAACUUUGAGGUCAAGCCUAUACCGUUCGCUCCAAUGACCAAGUUCUCGUUCCAUCCGAUAAACCCCGACGUUCUCGUGUGCAUCAGCCUCAACGCUUCGCUCUUCAUCACGAAAGACUUUGGGAUUACCUGGCGUUUAAUUUAUAACCAUGUCAUCACAUAUAAAUGGGCAGAGGAUGGAUCACUCUACCUUACAUCGACGGGUGGCGACGGUCCACAAUACAACAAACAGUGGCUGCGACUGCAGAAGUCCAUCAAUUAUGGAGAUACGUUCUUGGUAAUGGCCAGUGGAAUUCAAGAGUUUGGAGUGGCCGGUCACUUCAUGUACGCGAGUGUGCUUUAUCAAAAUGCCAGACUAGCUUUGCACAUCUCCAUCGAUGGAGGCAAAAACUGGAACAUAGCCCAGCUGGCGCCCUCCAACGUGUCACGGAUAUAUGCCGUGCUGUGGUAUGAUGAAGACAUGUUGUUUAUGCAUGUUGAUGACCCAGAAGUGAAGACCUAUGGAUCCAUCUACACGUCGGACAGGCAAGGAAUCAUCUUCUCCAAGUCGCUCGACAGGCACUUCUUCACCACGUUCUUGUUCAACACCGACUUCACCCCCGUCGCGUCAAUGAAGGGCGUCUACAUCACCACCCGCAUAGCAGAAGACAACAGAGUGCAGUCACGAAUCACCUUCAACCGCGGGGGGCAGUGGCAACCUAUUUUGAAACCCAAGAACGUGGAAUGCAAAGCAGAUGUUUUGGAGUCAGAUUGUGCCCUUCACAUCCAUGGAAAAUACACGAUCCUGCAGGACAACAGUGUACCCCAGCUACUGCUCAGUGAGCAAAAUGCUAUCGGACUCAUUAUUGCACAUGGAAAUGUGGGCGCAUCGCUGAAUGCGACUGAGCGAGACGUCUACCUAUCUGAAGACGGUGGCUACACCUGGAGCCGAGUGCUGCAGGGCCCCCACUACUACAGCAUCCUGGACUCAGGAGGGCUCAUCGUGGCUGUGCCAUUCAGCUAUAGCCACACUCCAGGAGUUAUUCACUUUUCAACCGAAGCGGGGCAGACUUGGCACGAGUUUCUCUUUUCGCCAGAGAAACUCAUGGUCAAGGGGCUUGUGUCAGAGCCAGGUGCCAAGUCCACCCACGUGAGUGUGUGGGGCCACCACUUGCAGAUGACCAACCCAGUCCGCGUUGACCUUAUCUGGGUCAGCUACACGAUCGACUUCGGCAUCCUGCUGAAACGAAACUGCACGGAUGAAGACUUUGAACCGUGGUUGGCACAUUGGAUGGAGGAUCCCACCAACCAGUCGAGCGGCUGUGUCCUGGGAGUCAAGCGAACAUUCCACAUGCUCAAGAAGAACUCUUCGUGUUUGAAGGGACCUGACUAUUUUCCCAAUGAGACCCUUGGCUACUGCCCGUGCACAGAAGAAGACUACAUGUGUGACUUUGGAUACUACAAAGAUGGUGGCAAAUGUUUAGAAGAGUGGAAAUUCAACAAAACCUCGCUGUUCGUGUGCCUUACUGAACAAGAGCAGCUGGUCCAGACAGAGGGGUACCGCAAGGUGCCAGGAGACAAAUGCCAGGGAGGGGUGCAGCACAACAGCACGAGGAAGGUGACGUCGAUAACGUGCACGCACACCCUCAUCAAACCCUAUGUCGAACCCAUGUUCACGACAGCGGCAUCGUCAUAUAAGCCAAUCUCACAGAACAACCACGGAGGAGUGAUCGCUCUCGUCGUUCUUUUCGUCUUGGUCAUCAUCGGCGCGCUCGUCGUUGCGGCGAGGAGGAGCCAAGCCUUCAAGGACCGAUGUAACUCCAUUCGAUACCUGAUUCUACGAGAAGAACAAGUCAAUCUCUGAAUCCGUUCGCAAGAAGAAACCAAAAGCCUUGCUGCCUCGAUGAAGUGAGACCUUUUUGCAACAAAACAGAAAGGCGGUAAAGGUUUUCCAUGGUUAUCACACACAACAACCCGAGACGGCUACAGCAUGUAAACAUGUGGUUAUCAAUGCACAAAGUUCGACUAGAGUUUGUUUGAGGUUCUAUUACGGGUUAUCUUGCGCAAAACCUUGCUUUGGGUUUGCACGCACGGCUUCACGGCACAGAUUUGGAUUGUGUUUUGCUGUGCACGUGAUUAAAAACACAAAUUGGAUUCCGGUAUAUAAAUGGUUUGCCUAAAUUACAUAACAAUUGCCAAUUGUGUUUGCAGUGGUCUUUGCGUUCAUAGCUUCCAAAAUGAUCUUAUCAAGCUGCUGGUGCUAAUCAGAUACAUAAUUACAAAUUACAGAGAUACGUCUUCUGCUAUAGGCUGCGACUAUCAAAAUAUAAUUUCUGAUGCACUCUACAUGAAGCCAUUUGCAUCGCAGCAGGGAAGGUAUACAUAUAAGGUUAUGCGUUGUUUAAUAGUUAAAGAAGUGAAAGUUAUUUCCUGCUCAAAAAAGAGGCGGUGCUCAACUCCCACUCGCAGGCUUGAGCCAUUGGUGGAAAUUCCUCAUUCCUAUGGUGGCAACAAGUCCCCUCCACAGGAUAAACCUCUUCUCAAAGUGGUACUUUAUAGGUCCCCUUGGGGUGAUUAUAGGCUGAAUUGGUUCAUAUCACUGUUUCAUUGACCACGGACAAUGUGAUCUUUAGACAUCAACUAUUAUUUCAUCUUGAUAUGCGAGCUAGUGAUUUGGCUAAAUUUGAACAAUUUACUCGGGUGUUUCCUUAACAAGAAAGGUACGAGUGAGUUUAACGCUGACAGUGUAAAAAAGUGCGUCGGUUAAUUCUGCCUUUUAACAACCGGGGUGGGAGGGGGGUGUCCUGGAAAGUCGAUAACGCAGGUAUAUUUAUUUUCAGAUCGCGAAUGUCAGCUUCAUUGGAACAGCUUAUCAUCCACUUUUGAUAGUUUAUUGUAUCAUCCCCUUGCAGAUGGCCAUGCAAUGAACGUAUGAAUUAACUUGGUUUGUCAACUUUAUCUGCCUACUUUCAACAGAAGCCUACUUUCUGGACAAUUAAAUGUCUUGCCUUAUCGAGUUUGUUAGGGCACACCUCUGUUGUUUAACAGAGAUUGUGUACAAAAGCACAUGCAGGUACUUGCACCCACAUGACCCUAUCAACUUGUAAUUUAAUCAAAAUCAUCCAAAGUUUAAGCCUUUGCCUUUAUAAAUAUGUCUGUAUGUGCAUCGACUGCUGGUUAUUUACGUAAUUCCUAGCUUAUUAUUUCACUGUAAUAAAAUCACGAUAUUUGAUUACUUAUUUACGCGCAUGAUUUAAAUGCCCGUAUUUUAGGUGUGUCAUUUAGCGCAGGGUAAAGGACUAUCGAGUAUGCGCAGUUUGUGUGAUAUGGCAACUUGUUUUCCAGCGUGUUGUUUUGCUUGUGAAGCCUCGCGAUAUUUAAGUGAAGACGCAGCCGAUCUAAGCGUGGAUUAUUUUCUAGAUUUUGGUGGAAGGCCAGGGGGAUAUUGGAAGCCUUGGCGACAAUUAUAUCCCACUUACAUAUAUUUUAGCUUGGAUACUAUUUCAUAAGGGAGAGGGGGUAAACAUAGUUCCCUCCGUUUAUUAUUGUACAUCUUACACUUUAUUGAAGACUCUUUUUUUUGCUGAUACUGACAACAGAAACUAGCCUAUUGCUUUACGUGGCAACAACUUUACAACAGCUACUACACAUUGGUAAUUAGCAAAAUAAAUUAUUGUGAGGCUAUAGAAAUUGAGCAAUUGCUAUUUGUAAAAUGCGUGGCGAUUUCUCAGUUUCCAGCUACACACAAGCGUUCUUAAAUGCAUAUAAUUAUACAAAUCCUCAUAGAUCCAUGCACGAUAGAUUACCUGCUGAAACGCUGUAACCAUUACAGUUCUCUAUCUUCCGGUAUUGUUGCAGAUGAGACGAAUCUGUUACCUAAAUACCUGCACAAACAUCCUGAUGGUAAUGGAAAAAAUAACAUCAACAGCUCAAUACAGUUGGUGUUAACAUUGCUGCAUGUUUAUAGGCCUACAGAUAUUUAGGCUUUGCCAUCUGCAUGAUACGGGAACGCUAACUACAGCACUUUGGGCACGUCGCUCCUCGCUUGCCCUUGGCUAACUCUGCCUGCCAGGUUCUCUGUGUGAAAGAAUCUCGUGGGUGGAGAAGGUCAAAGGGUUGGCCACAGACAGUAUGGAUGAACGCAUCGGAUUGACCACUACUGUUGACAUUUGGGGGAUCUAAAGGGGGGUACAGCUCGUUAACUUUGCCAAGUACCCCGAGGAAUUGGCGCCGGGUGGUGGAUGCUGCCACACACGCUGUCUCGGCGUAUGCUCCCACACUUGACUUUAAGUCCAUUCAAAAUAAAUGUAUCCCAGAAGUGCAUUUCGCAGUUGAAGAAAUGCUUCGAUGUGGCGAGUGGAUUGCACGCAAACAACCGUGCGGCGUGGGUGGCAUGCAGUAGCAGUAGAGAGAAAAUAAGCUCAUGGCUGUGAGUUCGAAUGAGGUUCAGCGGCUCUGACAAGCAGCAAUAGCAGGAGCAUAGCGGCCCAAGUGAUGGUGCAGGGAUUGCAGUGAGGCAGACAGACAAACAGCGCAGGUGAUAAUGUCGUUUUGGCAGAUGGGCACUUUAGCUUCGUGCAGUGGUUCUCAAAGUGUGGUCCACUCUGGUCCUUCAGGUGGUCCGCGGGGUUGUGAUGCAAAUGCCGGUUGAUCUGGAACUAAUUAAUCAAUAAUUUGGUCAUGAUAUUUAAUUAACAAAAAAAUGAAGUUAGGUAAACUUCACUGAUUAAACUACUCUAACCGAACGGUCAACAUUUUUUUAAUGUUUUUGUUAUGCUAAUAUCAAUCAUUUUGUAUUGCUGGUGUUUGGAGAGAAGCGAAUGCGUUUUGUUACCAGCAGAGGGGCGGCUGGGUGGUUCGUGGAAAUGUUUGAGAAACACCGGCUUAAUAUAAUACGAAGGUAGAAAUGACCUUCCUACUGACUUGUUAACUUAGAAUGUGUUGGAGUACGCUUCGUUGAGGCUCUGGAAAGUACAAGGCAUCGUUACAGCCAUAGUUUAUGAAGCUGUUAUAUUUUUCACAUCUGCACUAUAAGAUAAAUGGCACUGUAUAGAGGUAGCUUCCAAUAUUACCACAAACGUGUGUGUAAAUAGCUCGUGUGAAUUUGAAUUAUUAGAAACUAUAUAUCAUACAAUAUAUUGGUAUGGCAGAAUUAUAUAACCGUUUUAUUUGGUGUGAAUAUAUGGUUCGUAACUUGACCUUAACAUUUUUAAAUGUCUUCGUUUGCUUAAGGGAAUUUACAUUCAAGACUUUUAGGGGUAUUAAAAUAUGAACAUGCAUUCAUAGGAAACUACGCAAGUGGUACAAUCAAGGCGCUUGAUGUCUUCGAGUAACACCAAGGAGACAAAGGGGAACACGAGCGAACGUAUGUCGGAUAGACACGUCGUUUAAUCAAAGUGCGUUCAAGUAGGACACGUUCCUCAGAGGGAUGGCAAGUGGUCGAGACUAAUGAUAGAGUUGCAACCAAGGGAUGGAACGCGCACAAUAGUCUCACGGAGAUGGAGCAAUGAAAUCACUUCGUGUGUGUAGGUGCCAUGUGAUUUGUUAGAUUGCAGGGCGAUGGGAGAGAGCAAUGGACUAGGAGAAGGCCUUCACACAGCAGUGAAUUGAUCGUGGCUGAUGAUGAAAAUGAUGAUGACCGUAGAAAAAUACAGUAAUCGCUUUAUUGUGAGCAAGUGGAGGAAUUGUCCAGGCUUUUUGCGAGUUUAGCUAAGGAAUCGAGCAAUGGCCGUUAUGUAAAACCAGGUGGGAGCCCUUUGAGAGCCGUAGUAGUCCGAGGCCUUGGUUUAAAUACAGUGAAGCUGCAAAUUCAACAAUUUGGGAAUGUUGCAGCGAAUUAGGAUUGUAUAAUAAUGCUUUUAUUUUAUAUAACGUCAUUCAUGCUAAUAGCAUCCAUUAACGCCGUAUAUUAAUUAUAUAUGGAGACCAAAUCCCAUAUACAGCACUACCAAGCAAAUGAAAACCCUACUACUACAAAGCAAAAUAAAAAAUAAACUAAUUAAGAAAUGGCUCGAAAACAAAAUGCACAAGCAGCUAUCACAACAGAGAAAUUAGUCCAUUCAAUCACAUCCCACGUUUGAGAUUAUAAGACAAAACUAUCUUGCGUGCCUUAUUUUAAUGUUACUAUCUACUUUACGCUAAGCAUAGGAUAAGUAAGGCCUGCCAUUGUGAUUUUGAUCAAGGGACAGGCUCUGAGCGAUGGUUAUGAUGGCAUGCUAAAGAGACCGCAUUAUGGUCAGACUUUUUGUGGCUAUAUUUAGUUAGUCGUCUCGUAUUGUAAAGCCUUGGCUUGUUUUGGUUGACAGGCUUGUACAUUUUAUGGUUGGGCGAUAAGAUUGUUAUGGUCCUGGCUUGACAUUCGGAUUACGGCUAAAAAAAGUCCUAUUUAACCAGAGUUGUGGUUUGCUUAACAAUGUAUUUUUUUGUGCAUGGUGACAUAUAUGACGCAGGGUUGAUGGAUCCACGAUAGCAUCGUGUGUGUGACACUCCUGGAAGGAGAUCGGGUGCCUUUUUAAAAGGCAGUACAGCAAGUAGGUUUAAGACCUGUCUUAUAUGGCCUUUGUGUGUCUUCUAACGGAUAUGGGUUUCUCAGGGUGUUCUGGUUUCCUGCCACAAGUAUAAGUACUGUGCUUGUAAUAAUUUCCCAAGUAUCUCGCGUCAAGCAGGAACCCCUGUAAGAAUGUGAAUGAUACUCGGUGAGGCUUUUUCAGAAGCAAUAAACAAAAACAUCCGUAUCAUUUACAGCAGUAAUCAGAAAUAACACGAGACUUUAUAAAAUGUCUACGGUUUUCUUAUUCUGAUUCCCAUGGCACUAUUCCCAAAUCAGUUGCUGUGCUGUUAAAAAUUCCAUUGUCAGUUUAUUUUAAUGCAUAAAAAAAACUGCUAAGUCUGUAAAAUGUAGAUGUCUUCCUUUGAUUGCCCAAAAUUUUAAGUGGAUCUGGAAAAGUCACAAAAAACAUAAUUGGAAAUGUGCCAAAUUGGUUUUUCAACGGGAAAUGUAAGUUUCCAAUGGGCAUUUCGACACAAGUGUGUACAUUUUAUUUAAAAAAAACUAAUUUUUAAACGCAGCAUUAUGAUGUUUGUUUUCAAAUGCCACUGCCAAUGCAUUAUUGACCUCACUACUUGGAUAGGUGCCGGACGUAGAGCUCCGCGGUGUGUCCAGGUUGUACCGCGUGUUGUUUCGGCACGGGCAAGCGCCCAGAACGUGGUAGCGAAACGUCAGACAUCCCGCCAAACAACACGUGGUUCGGCCCAAAAAACACACGGCGGAGCAUUGUAACUUUUAAUGAUGAUGAAAAUGAUGAUGACCGUAGAAAAACACCGUAAUUGCUUUGCUGUGAGCAAGUGGAGGAAUUGUCCAGGCUUUUUGCGAGUUUAGCUAAGGACUCGCGCAAUGGCCGUUAUGUAAAACCAGGUGGGAGCCCAUUGAGAACCGUAGUAGUCCGAGGUCUUGGUUUAAAUACAGUGAAGCUGCAAAUUCAACAAUUUGUGAAUGUUGCGUUGUGAAUGUUGCGUUCUUUUAUGUGGAGCCAUGAGAACACGGGACGACUUUUGUACUCAACGGAACGUUCGGACUCGAGUGUGUAAGGCUCGCGGUUGCACACCAACCAAUUGGAAUCGACGUUAUUUGUUUCACGUUUGUAAAUAAGCACUCGAAAUAAUAACCUCAUUGCCCACACAAUGUGCCUCAAGUCUUCGUUGCAAAUGCGAUUACGUACAUAUUUAGUUGUACUCGUGAAUUACAACGCAAGUCCAGUUUCUGUUUUUUUUUGUGUUAAGCCAAACCUAAAUUAAUUUGAACGUUUCCUUAAAACGACGUAGUAAAAGUGGUGUGAACAAUUGCAGGGCUGUAGCUAUCUGUAAAACUUGGCCUUUAACCAGGUUUCUAAAACAGCUGGAAGCCGAUGAUCCUAAAAAUAAUUGCCAUCGAGUUUCGGGUCUUCAGGGUAGAGUGUAGUUGAUGGAACGCAACAUUAAUUUUGUUGGCCACAAGUGUUGUGAGAUUUUUAUUAUGUCACGGUUAGCUUUUAAAGCAGCUUUGCUCUCUCCGCUUCAAAAUUGUAAUGAAAGUAGUUGUGAUGUGCGAACGUAUACCGCCAAAUGUGUAAUUGUGAAGGUUACAUCGGUAUAUUUGUACAUAUUUGUUAUAUUCCAAGUUGUCACGUGUCACGUGGGAUAUUGCUGAUGGAUGUGGUGUCCAGCUUGCCUUAUUCAGUUUUAACGCUGCACUGUAAACAAUUAUCUGCAUUGACUUUUCGCCAUGUGUUGACAUAUUAAGACGAUCACAAGGGACGGGGACAACUCGUUGUGCACGCGAUUGAAUAAGUCGCACAGAACUGUGUAUUGAUUUUAGGGGUUUUGAUUGGUUACAAAAUUUAAGUCAAUUCUAGAUUAGAAGUUUUCGUGACUGCAAGGAUCCAUACUCUUUGGUUCUUUCGGUAAAGUCACGUCGAUGAUGCUUGUGUUGCGCCCAAAACGUCGUGAUUUUAUUUAGUUAUUUUCAUUUUUAUUUUAUAUUUUUAAUUUCACCUACGUGACUUUACCGAAAGAACCAAAAAUUAAAUCUACUUUCCACAGCCUGUUUAGAAAAUAUGUUGAUUGCCCUAGAAAUAACGCAGGGCUUGAACUCAAAACAUUACAGGGGCUUGAUUUAUUGUUCUGCACACUUCAUUUUAGCGUGCAUUGGAUUUUCUUAAUCAUUUAUUUCCCAUUGCAAUGUUUAUUGUCUGGGUUUACUGGUGUUUGGAGCGAAGCGCCAGUCUCUCGAGAAAGCCCCAACGAUUUUAAAUGAAUCUCGCGUCCAAAUGCAAGCGCAUAUAAAGACCGUUUCCAAACAAAGUGACGACGGGAUGACGGCGGAAACUUUGGGUUGUGAAGCGUAAACUCCCCAUCGGUGUACAAGCCGCGUCGACGCACGGUUACGUUGGGAUUUAACGCUUACGGGUUUUUGUGUUCCGACUCUCACCAAUCCGUUACCCCACUCCAUCACAAAGAAACGCCUCUGAGCAAAAAGCAACAGCCCUGGAAUGAGAACUGACACGGCUGUCCGUCGCCCCCUGUGUCUUAUUCAGUGAAUGUACUUUAUCUGCCGCGUAGAGCGCAUUGGCAUCAGACUCGUGCCAUUCUCUGACGUUUUUAUAAGGUCAUGCCAUCCGAGUUGAAGAUCACUUAAUAUGGGUUUCAUGCAUUCAACUAAACAACCUGUUGACUAGCAAAUAUAACGCAUGAUACACGUUUGUUUAGCCGUGUUACUAAACCCAGGGGCUUGAAUCCAGACAUACCAUUGCAGUUGGGUUUUUUAGUUUUUUAUGUGCACUGUUACACAAUAUCACAGUUGAAGGGAACUGCAGUAAGGUGCAAAUGAGAACUCCUAAAAACACAACGCACCACGCCCCUCUUCUUUAUUUUCCGUGUGCUGGAAUGCUACGUGCACAGGAGAUAGCCUAAUUCAGGUAUCGGUGUAUAAUAAUCCUUUUUUGUAUUUUUGUGCAAAUUUUAUUUGUGGUAAUGUUAACUAUCAAUGUUGAUACGGUAUAUACUUUAGCUUUUGAAAAAGUUAUUGUCAAUAGAGGCAUUUUACUUAGCCAAGCUAAGUUUCUUACCAUAUAUUUUGCUGGGGAAUGUUAUUAAUCAUUAUAAGGUAUACCCCCAUAUUAACAAUGCUCCUUAUCUGUUUCAGGGAUUAUCGAACUGAUAAAUAUUUGGAAUAUUGUGAAAGUUUGGCUAUGUUUAAACGGCCUCUAUCCUUUUGCUGUGUGCGUGCACCACCGAUGUGUGACCAGGGCUAGAAUAACACACGAGGGUUAAAAAUUAACCCGUAAAAACAAAGUUUUUCACUAUAAAUCCUUUAUAUGCGUGGCGGCUAGAGUCCUCUCGUCCUCUGGCUUGAGAUGGCUGCCACCUAUGGGUCAGAUGAUUGCCUGCCACCAUUAAGCAAUUGGUAAUUAAAUAUAAAAAAAAUUUCCUAAAAAGUGUAAAGUUAUGGAAAUUUUGAACGAAAAGAAAUUGUCACGCACAACGAGUCUGUGUGCAAAAUGUCAGCUCGAUUGGAUCACGGGAAGUGGGUUAAAAAACGACCGAAAGAUUUGCACAGUCGUAAGCGCGCAAGCAAGCAAGCAAGUGAACUUAAUAUAAAGGAUUUAAAAAUACAUCUUAAUAUAAUUCACCAGUGCCACGUAGCCGUUUGCAAGUAGCAUUUGGUACGGCGGCGUCAUUUUCAAAAUAUCGCCCGUGUGUGCCUUCCCUUCAAAGUACUGGAUGGGAUAAAACAAAAUUUUAACACCCUUCUCAACAACACUGUCUUAUUCAUAAUAAACGUUUUUGGGUUAGAUCGCGUUAUUUAUAAAUGUCGUAACCCUCCACCACCCGACAUUUACAAUUGUAAAUGUUGUGGUUUCACUCUUCAACACACCGGUGGGCUAAAGUAGUGAACUAUUUGUCUUUUGUCAACGUGACACUUUUUUUGCUGAUUGGCCGUGUCGGGUGGUGGAGGGUUACGACACAUUUAUAAAUAACGCGAUCUAACCCAAAAACGUUUAUUAUGAAUAUUGGUCGCGAAAGCCUACACGUGUUAAACUAACACUGUCUUAAAAUAUGAAUAUAAUCGGCAACACUGAAAAGCGGUGUUAUUGACGAGUGCUUUAUAUAUAUCAAUAUUCAUGGAUGAAAAGUUUUGUUGUGGCACAUCUGAGCUGUGUGGUGGAUGGGGUUUGAACCGUGCUUUUGACAUCUGGAUACUCAGGCUCGUUUGCAAUCUGUUCUGUCACCUGAAUGUCUCGACAUAUUUAGCUAAUGUGAACUUUAAAUGCCUCCAAGCAUUGCAAACAUCACUGUUUAAACCUUGUGUAAGGAAGCAAUACAUUUAUUUGCAACAACAAAAAACUUUGAUUGUAACCCUCAAUUUCGCUUCCAUCAAUGUGUGCCUUUUUUAAAUGAAUGGAAACCUCAAUAAACCCUGUUUUUAAAGGUGA